GACUAGUAUUCAUAACCCGCCAACUCUUUUUCUACCAUCACUGCCUUGCCCUCCAAAAAUAUGAAGCCUGCUGACAUUCAAGAACAGAAAGAAAACUGACUAGUUGCUGCACAAAACUGAUGGGAAACUGCUUGCUUGGAGGCAUGGGAGAAUGCAACAAUGAAGUGAUAAGAGUUGUAAAUUCCAACGGCGGAGUUAUGGAAUUUUACGCGCCAAUAACAGUUGAGUCCAUCACCGAUGAAUUCCCGGGUCAUGGAAUUUUUAGAAGCCAUGACCUCUUCUGGAAUCCACUCCCACACAACCAAGUAUUACUAGCUGGAGAAUCCUACUACCUCUUAGCAUUACAAGACAGCAAAUCAGGCAAAACUACUAGUAAUCCCGCACAAGUUGGGCACGUGAGAUCAAACAGUGUGCCUCAUCAAUCCCUUGUCGCCAUCCCUCCAUAUAGAAUGUCUUUGGAUAGCCAGCAGGGAUUAGGAUUACUGAAAAGGUCCUACACUAAAACUUCUGAAUCCUUUCCCUGCAGCAGGUAUUAUGGAAGUUGCGGUGGAUUUUGGAAAGUGAAGCUGGUUAUUAGCCCCCAGAAAUUGUUGAACAUUUUAUCAGAGGAGGGCAAAACGGAGGAGUUGAUUGACAGUGUGAGAGCUGUUGCAAAAUGCGGGAAUAAUAUGGGAGUACUCGACUCGAUGCCCUUUUCUGAUCAAUGGAGUCUUUCCAGCAGCAGAAAUUAAUGUUUUUUUCACUGCCAACCCCUCCCUCCUGUUCCUUGUUGCCUUAAUUCUUCUACUUCUAGUUUCUAACUAGUACUCAUGUACGCUUAUCUUUCCUUCUUAGAAGUUUGUUUUCUCUGUGAAUUCCAGCCAACAGUAAUAUAAUAGUCCUUCCAACUC